AUGCUGUUCCAUUACCUGGAGCACAAGAGGAGUCACAGCUCAGAUUCUCUUCACGCCACAUAUCUGCUGACGGGGAAGACUGAGGAUGCAGGUCUCUCUUGUCAGAAAGUGUGUGUAGUGCGCGAGGAUCAGCUGGAAGAUGCAAAGUCGAAGCUGAGUGUGGUGGGCAGUGUUCACGUGUACAGUGUUCACAAAGCCCUGCUCCGCGACAGCGCCCCCUUGUUUGCGGUCGACUACGACAUCGUCAAGUCCCACGGCCACAACUGCAACAGAUACAGUGCGAUCCGCUGCCCUGCCGCUGUGCCCAUGAGCAACGCACGUCUCAGCGAGUCCACCGAGACCAGACCUGCCCCCCCUCCUCCCACAGAGAUCCAGAAACCACAGAGCAAAGCCUGCCCCAAGCCCAAAGGAAUCAUGGGAGCCUUCGCCAGCAAGCCCAAGCCCAAGACCGAGACAAAGACCGAGACCAAGCCGGAGCCCAAGACAGAGGCCAAACCAGGGACCAAACCAGAGACCAAGACCGAGGCCAAAGCGGAGAUCACAGAGAAACCAGUGUCUGAACCUAAAGCUGCGAAGUCCAAAUCUGCACUGAACUUCUUUGGAAAUAAAUCGACAAAGAAGCCUGUUCCGGAGGUGAAGGAGGAGAGCAGCUCCACAGAACAGCGCCCCCCUCAGGCUGAGAGAGACCCCCGCAGUAAAAGCAAGCGUGUGCAGGAGUCCGACAGCGACGAGGAGGUGAAGGAGGUGAAGAAGAAGAGGAGGAGGAGGAUCAGGAGGCCUCAGGACAGCAGCGACGAGGACGAAGGAGCAGCAGUGGUGCCAGACUCCCCUCCUGCUGCUCCUCCGCCACAGCAGGAGGAGCAGAAGGACCAGGAGGAGGAGGAGCAGCAGCAGGAGGAGCGCCAGGAAGAGGAGCAGGCGUCUCCAGAUCCUGUCAGAGAAGAUCCAGAGCAGAGACCAAAGGAGGAUUCCUCCAGGUCCUCCAAGCCCAGGAAGAGACGGCGAGUCCUUAAAUCCUCUACGUUUGUGGAUGAAGACGGAUCCAUCGUGACAGAGAAAGGUUAUGUGAGCGAGUCGUACUCUGAGGGCGAGGAAGAGGAGGUCCAGACCAAACCCGGUCCCAGCGCCUUACUGCACCCUGGGCCUAAACCCGGGUCUAAACCUGGACCUAAACCUGGACCCAAAGCCCAGAACGAGAAGAAGAAAGGAACCAGCGCCAAAGCCACAAAGCAGGCGUCGAUUAUGGGCUUUUUCAACCGGAAGUGA